AUGAAAACUUCUAAUUUCUCAAUGAAGAUUAUUCUAGUUUUUGCAGUAUACUUAAUCAAAUAUUCUAUGGAAUUAGAUUAUUCAAAAAUACAGGGGUUUAAUACUAAUAUUGAAGAAGCUAUACAAUUUCUUCGUGAAUGGGAAAAUGAAGCAGUAGCCUCGUGCAAUAGAGUAGCAACGGCACAGUGGACAUACGCAACAAAUAUAACGGAAUACAAUAAAAAACAAAUGAUAGACGAACAAAAAUUGAACUCAAAGUUCAAUAGAGUAUCUUGGAGAAAAGCUUCUGAUUUCAUGUGGACCCGUAUAUCUGAUCCUAUUAUACAAAGACAACUCAAAAUUUUGGCAUUGAAAAGCCAAUCAAAUAUACCAGAUUCAAAACUAAAUCAGAUGCAUUCAAUUUUAAAUGAAAUGAAAGAUAUUUAUGCUAAAGCGAAAAUAUGUCCAUUCAAUUAUAGAUUGACAUCGUAUUGUGAACUAAGUCUUGAACCAGAUUUAGUAAGAGUGAUGGCUAACUCAAGAGAUUUUGAAGAGCUAUUGUAUACUUGGCGUUCAUGGAGAGAUAAUAUUGGACAUGAAAUUCGACCUAAAUAUAUAAAAUAUAUGGAAUUGGUUAACGAAGCUGCAAUAUCAAUAGGGUUUGAAGAUGCAGGUCAGCAACAGAUUGCAAUGUAUGAAGAUGCAAAUUUUAAAGCUAAACUUGAAAAUUUGUGGACAGCCAUAGAACCGAUUUAUAAACAUCUUCACUCUUAUGUUCGGCGAAAAUUAGUUACUCACUAUGGUACACGCAGGGUUCGAGUCGAUGGACCAAUACCAGCGCAUUUACUUGGUAACAUGUGGGCACAGAACUGGAAAAACAUAAUAGAUUUAGUGAUUCCAUUUCCGAAGAAAAGACGUAUUGAUGUUUCCGGUGAAAUGUUACGUCAAGGAUACACGCCUUUAAAGAUGUUCCAAAUUGCUGAAGAAUUUUUCACAUCACUUGGAUUGAAAGCGAUGCCAGUGGAGUUUUGGCAUAAUUCAAUUUUGGAAAAGCCAACAAAUAGGCCAGUAUCAUGCAAAGCAUCUGCAUGGGAUUUUUGUAAUAAAUAUGAUUACAGAAUAAAACAAUGCACUGACGUUUCAAUGGAUGAUCUAUUUUCAACACAUCAUGAAAUGGCUCAUAUUCAAUAUUAUCUCCAUUAUUCUGAUCAGCCUCUGCUGUUUAAAGAAGGAGCGAAUCCUGGUUUUCAUGAAGCUUUGAGUGAUGCAGUUAUUCUUUCUGUUUCUACACCACGGCAUUUACACAGAAUUGGGCUAUUAAAUAAUAUAACUGACGAUUAUGAAGAUCAAAUAGACUUCUUAAUGGAAAUGGCUUUAGACAAAAUUGCUUAUCUACCUUUCGCCUAUUCAGUUGAUUUGUGGCGAUGGAGUGUUUUUUCCAAAGGCAUUCACAAUUUAAAUGCUCGUUGGUGGGAUUUAAAAUUAUUGUAUCAAGGAAUCAUUCCACCAAUAGCACGAGAUGAAAACGAUUUCGAUCCAAGUUCUAAGUAUCAAGUGAUUGCUGAUACUCCUUAUAUAAAAUUUUUCAUUAGUAUAAUUCUUCAGUUUCAAAUACAUGAUGCCUUGUGUACAGCAGCAGGACAUAUUGGUCCAUUACAUACUUGUGACAUAUAUCGUUCAAGAGAAGCUGGUCGAAUAUUAAGUGAAAUAAUGUCAAUGGGCUAUUCAAAACCAUGGCCACAAGUUAUUAAAACUCUUACUGGAGGAAAAACAAGUGAAAUUGACGCACGGCCUUUAAUCGAAUAUUUUAAACCACUCACACACUGGCUAAUUAAUGAAAAUAAAGCAGAACGAAUAGGAUGGUCUAGAUUAAAUGAAGACAUAGCACUAUUCGAGCCCUUAUCAAAGGCUAACAACUGUGAUUCAGUCGACAAGUACUUAAUUAUAUUUGUGGUUUUUAAUAUACUAAAAAAUGUAUACCAUUAGACAUUAAUUUUA